UCCUCUCGCACAAGCAGAGGCCUGAAGGUAUCGUCCGCUCAGGGAUCCCGAGUUGACUCAUCGGAAUCGCCCAUCCAACUCAAGAACUUUUGGGCUUUCCCUGUGGAUUGGUAACGAUAACUUGAAGAGAUUGGAGCAACGUUUGGUUACAAGUCAUCAAGUUUUUCGCGAUUUCUUAGCUGAUGCAGUAUUCUGUAGGUAGAUUAGAUGUCGCACUCAAGAGAAGGAAGAUCUUCUGCUUCACCCCCCUACUCCAAGUCACGUGUUAGGGAUCGUCGAUCGAGAUCCUUGUCAGGGUCUAGGAGGAGUCGCUCCAGGAGCCGUGAUUCUGUUGGUGCUGUUAAUCCUGGAAAUAACUUGUAUGUAACGGGUUUGUCUACAAGGGUUACUAACAGUGAACUUGAGAAAUAUUUCAGCCGUGAAGGAAAGGUUACUGAGUGCCAGCUGGUUACAGAUCCUCACACCAAAGAAUCUCGUGGGUUUGCUUUUGUUACUAUGGAGACAAAUGAGGAUGCAGAACGCUGUAUUAAGCAUCUAAAUCGUUCUGUGCUCGAAGGACGAUUAAUCACAGUGGAAAUGGCCAAGAGGAAGCGUGGGAGGACGCCAACUCCUGGAAGGUACCAAGGUCUCAGAGAUAAACGAGGACGUGACUACUCACCUCCACGCCGGUAUGAGAGAGAUCCUCGUACCAGUGAAAGCCGAGGAAGACCACGCUCCCCGCACAGUAGGAGGGGCAAUGAUGAUUACUCUGACUCGUAUGGGAGGCGUGGUGGUGGCGGCUACAGAAGAGCGUAUUAACUCAACUCGAUUAAGCACUACCUCCCAUUUCAAGUUUUCAAUGGUUCUCGUCAUGUCGUGUCGUGUCAUGGUGGCGGCUACCGUUGACCCACAUAAGUGAAGUUUUAGUCUCAUUUCUCCUAUUUUAGAUUUCUUUGUACCAUUGGCAACUGAUGUUAUAAGCCUUCAACUAUGGCUCAUUUCAAUUCCUGCGUUGUGAUGCCAAUGAACCUGUAUUUCUGCCGAGGAAUUGUUGGAGGAAAAAUGUACUCUACUGUUUCAGUUACCCUGUUGGACUGGACUAGCCAUGGUUCCUCAUUUGCCUAACCUCUUCAACUUUUACGAGGCCUUCGGCCCUCUGUAUUAGAUUUUGCGUAUGCUGGUGUUCUCGCAUUUGUGGUCA